AUGGCCAAAAGAAUUGACAGCCUUCAAGUAGCAGCUGUGAACACAAACCAACCAUCCAAUGUAUGGGUGCAGAAUGAAGAAAGCCAAGAAGAGCAACAACAGGAGCAAGUGCAAUACAUGCAUAACCAAAAUUCUGGUCAGAAUGACGUUUAUGGCGAGACUUAUAACCCCUCCUGGAAGAACCACCCUAACCUUAGAUGGGGAGAUAACCAUAACCAUAACCAACAGUCAUGGCAAAGAAACAUAAACCAAAAUAACCCGAGGAACAACCAGCAGAACAACAACCAAAAUUCAUUCAGAAAACCACAAAACACUUACCCCAACUUUAACCAUUAUCCAAACCAUAACCAAUCCAUCAACCAAAAUACCUAUCAUCAACCACCCACACCUCAAAACCAACCACAAACAUCUCCAGAAUCUCAAAGAAUCACUAACCUGGAAACCUUGAUAGACAAGUUGUGGAAACAUCAAGAAAUGACGGCCAAGAAUCAAGAAGCUUCCAUCAAGAACAUGGAAAGACAAAUAGGCCAGUUCUCUAAACAAUUUGCAACAGAGAGGCCAUCAAGUUCCCUACCAAGUGACACAAUUCCAAAUCCUAAGGAAGAGUGUAAGGCAAUACAGUUGAGGAGUGGGAGAACAUUGGGGAGUAACAAUGACACUGCAAAGAAACUAGUGGAGAGCAGCAAAAAGCCAACAGAGGCAGAGGAAGUCAAUGAUCAAGAUAUGAUGUCGUUAGAAUUGGUGGAUCAGUCAAUAGUACAUCCCAGGGGAGUGAUUGAAAACCUUCUAGUCAAGGUGGACAAAUUCAUAUAUCCUGCGGAUUUUGUGGUUUUAAAUUCAGAUACGGAUGAAAGUGACUCCAUCAUACUUGGGAGACCUUUCUUGGCCACUGCUAGAGCUAUCAUAGACGUAGAGCAAGGAGAAUUGACUCUCAAGAUUCAUGAGGAAAGCAUUAUCUUGAAAGUGUUUCCAGAACCACAAAUUAGUGAAGAAGGAAGCAAGGUAGUCAGUGACUGUUGUCCAAGGCAAGCAACCAAUAACAUAGGGAGCAGAAGAAUGAGCAUGUGCAAAGAGGAGAAGGAAUUCAAAAAGGAAUCAGGAUGA